UGUGGAUGAAAUUUAGGAUGCUAUCCUCUCCCUCUCUCUCCAAACCAACAAAAAGACUCCAUUUUUCAGCCAAAAUAAACAAUGCAAUGAUAUAACCAAAUAGUUUUAAUACUCUUUUUUAACGAUCUUAUUAGUUAUUCCGCAGUACACCAUGGGGCAUCUCCUUCUUCCUUGCUACCAACACAACCCAUCUCAACUGUACAAGCCCCUUCUCUCCAUACCCAUUACAAGAAAAAGACCGACUAGCAGGAAUUCAUAUGUGUUGCCAUGUCAAUGCUCAUUGUCUUCUUCCUCAGAUGAUGUUUCAAAAGAAACAAAGCAAUUUUUUCAGUUUGAGGGAAGGAGGGCCUUGGUUGGUUCUCUCCUAGCCACAGCUGCUGGAAUGUAUCUUUGUGAUGUGGCUGAGGCAGUUAGCACAAGUAGAAGAGCACUUAGAGGAGCUAAAAUACCUGAAGAGGAAUUUACAACACUUCCUAAUGGUUUGAAGUACUAUGAUUUGAAGGUCGGGAAUGGAACAAAGGCAGUGAAAGGAUCCCGGGUUGCAGUUCACUAUGUUGCUAAGUGGAGGGGCAUCACUUUUAUGACCAGCAGACAAGGACUUGGUGUUGGUGGAGGAACUCCAUAUGGAUUUGAUGUCGGUCAAUCUGAGAGGGGGUCAGUCCUUAAAGGACUGGAUCUUGGCGUAGAAGGCAUGCGGGUAGGAGGCCAGAGAGUACUAAUUGUGCCUCCAGAGCUAGCUUAUGGAAAGAAAGGAGUUCAAGAAAUUCCUCCAAAUGCUACAAUAGAGUUAGAUGUUGAACUACUAGCCAUCAAACAGAGUCCGUUCGGAUCUGCCGUAAAAAUUGUUGAAGGCUAAUGAAAAUCAAUGUCUUCCCACGGCUCGAAUUGUCUUGUCUAGUUUCUGUGAAUGAAAAUUUUAAGCUCACAUAUGGUGGUAAAAAGGAUUGCCUCUCUUUUCUGAUCUUUAUGUAAAUAAACUGGCCACUUUGUUCCUGGGCUAGAAAUAUGUAACCUGCAUAAUACAAGACUAGUGUUUUUUUUAGUUAUUUGUACAAGUACUAUUUGAAGCUCUUGAAAAAAAAUCAUAUUUUUAGUUUUUAGUGAUUA